CUCCACACUGGUAAAUGUUAAGACAGAAACAGAUUAAGGUUCAUUUAAUACCAGUGUACAGGCACUGCUCCAUUCAGUGCCAGGCCUCUAGACCACAUGCACACACACACACACAUGCACACACACACACACACACACACACACACACACACACACACACACACACACACACACACACACACACACACACACACACACACGCUCGGUGGGUUCGAGGGGUUCCCUGCUGCCAACCAGAGGAGGAAAGUUCUGGUGAAUCUUUGAAUGUACCUGCAGACACAUUUUCCCUCGUGUAUGUGCAUCACAGGGACUCCUGAUAAGACGGGAGUCAGAGGGUGAUGCACCUCUCAGACCAGUCGAAGCCCCCACCCACCUUUUCCCUUACGCUGACGAAGAAGAGGGGUUUUCUCUUUCAGUCUUACUCUCACUUCCUCUCCACUGGUUCUGAAGCUAGAUGUAGAGAUAAUGUGGAGGGAACAUAUGUGUGAACGGGGCCGACACGCUGCGCUAACUGCGUGCGUACAUGCAUGCAUUGACUAACAUAUGAUGAUCCUGAAUUUCCACAGUGUGUGAUACUAAAGUAAUGCAGAAGGUCACCAAAGAAGCUCUGUUCACUUUCAUACAAACAGCCAUUUUGCCUUUGCGAUGACAUCAUCUGUGGCGUUUCUCUGUGCGCUUCCUAUUAACCACGCGUUCACCCACCGCGGGCUGCAGGGUGGGCCGGCGCUGCCCGGCCUGUCAUCAUCCACACAGACGGGUGGUUUUACCAGCCGCACCGCGCAACGUCACAGGCGAAGCUGCGUUUACAGCGCGACACCAGCGCCGCGUGGAGAUUCCCAACGUGCGGGUUCCAAGUCAGAAAGUCGAGCACGAAGAAUUAUAACUGGGCCCAAAACCCAUUAAGAUGAACCUUUAAACAGGAGGUCUCAAAAAAAGAGACAAAAAAGAAAGACUUGUGUUGAAUCGUAACACGGAAGACUUUGUUGAUCAAGCAAAACAUUACGAUAAGUGUAAAGCAACAAUAACACACGCACUAAUCAGCACAGCAGAAGACUUUGAUAUCAAUAAUGUAGCAGUCAUUUGUUUAUUAUUCUACAUUGGACACACGUCAGGCGUCAUUUGUAUUUGACCGUAGCACAAAAGCGGCUUCAUUGAUUCAUAUUCGGUAUUGGUGCGACAGUGAUUCAGCCGCUCAUGAUUUCACGGCAUUCCCCAGCGCUCGUGUCGCGUCGCCCUCGGCCCAGCGACACUCAUCUACAUGAGGCCGGGCCUCUUGGGCCGGCGCCCGCUGGACUUCCUCCUACACAACCAGCAUCUCCUCACUUCUUCUUUCGGCCCAACAUCACUAUAGACGAUGCUUCCUGUUGUUGAAAGAGGCGCUUUGUGUUUGUGUAGGUGGCCGUGAUGCGGUGAAGGCAUUCAGGUUGUCAAUACCACACCUACGAACGCUACCUAUGACACGGUAUCGCUGCGGCUCCACUGAUUCAAAGUGAAAAUGGGAAGUGCCGUCUUCCUGCCGUUUCCUGUCGGGUGCACUCAAACGGCUUUACGUUCACACACCAUCUAUAGGCCCCACGCACGCGCCGCCUGACGCCACUCUCGCAUCACGUAGUGGCGACUACCAGCGGAAAGAAAUUUCUACUCACACCAGUUUCUGCAGCUUUCCAGUGGUUUUCCUGCGUCCCGAGGGAUGCGUAUAAAAGGUAGGUCACCCAGCUGUCUGCAUUUACAGUAACUCUUGAAGCACUUUGUGGACCUGCCUGCCGCCGACACUGAGAAUAUGAAGCUGGUUGCUCUUUGCCUCUUUGCAGUCUGCUGCUCGUCUCUGGCCAACACAUCAACUGUACUGAACCAGGUCAGAAAGCUAAGAGAGGUUCAGAAGGAGCUGAACGAUGUGAAAGACACCGUGCUGAAAAGCGAUAAGAUGUUUAAUGCGCCACCACAGGAUAUUGAGGACGGCUGCUGUCUGUCGGCCCUCAAGUGUUUUCGCACCAACCUGGAGAUCGACGCUGCAGAGAAGCCGCAGAGGAAACUGUACCGGAGCCUUCGGAACCCGCUGACGGAGAGCGCGCUGGCGUUCUGCACCUCAGAGAACAACUCGACCUGUCAGUCGUGCGACUCGUUACCAAAGGUGAGCGGCAGGGAAUUUUUCAACAGACUGGAGUCUCUGAUUCAAAUGGGCUUGAGCAACCUGAGCAUGAACUAAGAAGAUGAAGUUAAAACCCAAGGUGGAACAAAGAGAACACACUACACGAAAAAAAGCUCAACAUGACUGAGUCUACAUGUUGUAGUCGUCUAUUUAAUUUAUUUAUUUAGUUUAAGCUGUGAUGAAUGUACUUUUAGGAAGGCUGCUUUGCUGCCACCCAGUGGACUUGGCAGUUUUGUUUUUCACAGAAAGUGAAAGUUAAUUUUGUAGUUCUCAAAGAAUAUGAAAUACUUAACCUCAUGUAUACUAUGUAUGACAUGCCUUAGUACAGGAAUACUUCACUGAAAUGUUUGUAACCUUUUAAACUAUUAAAUACUUAUUUUACACAUAA